CCGGAAAACAAGGCGGGCAUUUAACAACUUUUUUUCUUCUUCAUAAAACUGAACAACAAUGGCGGUGGUGUGCUUGUCCGUUGCUGCAUCUGCUUCAUUGCCGAGAAUCAGCUCUACAGACACCAGAACCUCCAUCUCCGUUCGCAGAACCAUCCGCCUCUUGAAACCGUACCGCCGGAACCAAAGUAUUAAUCCAACCGGCAGAAGAUUGACGAGUCGACGACUCAACGCCGGGUUGUCAGAAGUCGAGCCCGAUCUCAGAGAGGAACCAAUCGACCAGUGGGGAACUCCUGGAAUUGACCCAGAAGAUUUUGAGUACGGAAUUUAUGAUGGGCACCACACUUACUUCGAGGGAGAGGAGGACAACCAAGGAACGUUUUGGGGUGCCAUUGCUGACGAUAUCAAAGCCGUGGAACCACCCUCUGGCUUUCAGGGCUUCUUAUCGUGGCUAUUUCUCCCAGCAAUAGCCGCUGGGAUGUACCUCAAUGUUCCUGGUGAAUUCCUGUUCGGCGGGGCGGCGAUCUUCGCGACGAUAUUCGUGGUGAUAGAGAUGGAUAAGCCGGACAAGCCACACAACUUCGAGCCACAGAUCUACAACAUGGAGAGAGGGGCGCGGGACAAGCUGAUCAAUGACUACAACACCAUGAGCAUCUGGGAGUUCAACGACAAGUAUGGGGAGCUCUGGGAUUUCACCAUCCAGAGGGAUGACAUUACCAAGCGAGUCUAGCUUUUUUCUAGGGGGUUCCCUUGUUUUCCUUUACUCUUACAGAUGAUGUUACCAAGAAGUCACCGCAAUAUAAUGUAUAGGAACUUGUUUAUAUUUUUGGAGUUCAAUCUUCCUUUUGUUCCCCCCAAACUAAAUUAGACGGUUAAUGCUAAUGGUUAACCGAAAUCGU